CGCCGACCUCCGGGGCCGGUGCUUAGAGGCCGGGCCGCACGGGAACCUCCCGCCCCUCGCGGGAACGGCCGCCUACCGGCGCGUCGGGGAGGAGCCGCCGCCGCCGCCCGUGCCGACUGCGGAAGAGUCCGGGCCUCCCAGGGAUGGGGAGCAGCCCGCGGCGCUGAGAGACCAGGUUCCUGUCACCUCAGGCUAAGGGACCCCCUCUCCCGGCGUCCGCGGUCGUCCCAGCGCCCGGAGCCUGGUGGAGGCGGCGAGGAAGACGAGAGGGGUCCCCCGGCCCCGGGGACAUGGAGCCGCGCGAACCUGGCGCGGGACGGCCCGAGACGCGGCCGAGCCUGCGGCCACGAGCGGCCGGCAGCCCCCGAUAGAGAGCGGAGAGUAGAGCAGCCGGCCCCGCGGCGGCGGGGGCUCGCAGGCCCGCGAGUCUCCGGAGGAGGAGCCGACACCCCAGCCCCGAGCUGAUCCCGCCCCAGCCCCCGGAGGGAUUCCCGGGCCCCUUCCCCUACGGCUCGUCGACUUCCCUCCGUGACGAAGUUUUCUCCUUGUGCCUUCCCGAGGAUUGAGCUCUAGCUCUCGAACUCGGCUUCUGGCAGACUUCCUCGGUUUGUUUUGGGAAAUAACCUGUUUUGCUCCGACCAACAUCCCCUGUCCGCCACCUCUUCCAGUGGGACGUUCUAGAUGACUGAAUGGAGUUUUGAGUUGGACUUUUGUGUCCCUUACGGAGUCGGGCCUGAUCCCAGAGCACUGGGGGUGGGGAGGAGGUGUUACUGUAAAAUGCAAGUUGGAUAAAAGGAGGACCUCUCGCCAAGGGCCCCAAUGAGUGGCACACAGUCUACUAUCACCGACAGGUUUCCCCUCAAAAAACCUAUAAGGCAUGGGAGUAUUUUGAAUCGAGAGUCACCAACAGAUAAGAAGCAGAAAGUUGAGCGCAGUGCAUCACAUGAUUUUGAUCCUACAGAUAGCUCCUCCAAGAAGACAAAGUCUAGUUCAGAGGAGAGUAGAUCCGAGAUAUAUGGUCUUGUUCAGCGCUGUGUGAUCAUCCAGAAGGAUGACAAUGGAUUUGGGCUGACGGUCAGUGGAGACAAUCCAGUCUUCGUACAGUCUGUCAAAGAAGAUGGAGCAGCCAUGCGGGCUGGGGUACAGACAGGUGAUCGAAUCAUCAAGGUGAAUGGAACUCUGGUGACUCAUUCAAACCAUUUGGAAGUGGUGAAGCUAAUCAAAUCUGGUUCCUAUGUAGCUCUCACUGUUCAGGGACGCCCGCCUGGGUCGCCCCAGAUUCCACUCGCCGAUUCUGAAGUAGAGCCAUCAGUCGUUGGACAUAUGUCUCCCAUCAUGACAUCCCCUCAUUCACCUGGAGCAUCUGGGAACAUGGAGAGAAUUACUAGUCCUGUGCUCAUGGGGGAGGAAAACAAUGUGGUUCAUAACCAGAAAGUAGAAAUUCUGAGAAAAAUGUUACAGAAAGAACAGGAACGGCUGCAGUUAUUGCAGGAAGAUUACAACCGAACACCUGCCCAAAGAUUGCUAAAAGAGAUCCAAGAGGCCAAGAAACACAUUCCUCAGCUGCAAGAGCAGUUAUCCAAAGCCACAGGCUCUGCUCAGGAUGGAGCUGUAGUUACAUCCUCCAGGCCUUUAGGUGACCCACUGCCAGUCAGUGAGGCGGAAGCUGAUCCUGGUGAUGGACUAAGCAGAAUUGACUAUAGCAGUGGAGACGCUUCUCGGCCCAGUAGUGACAGCACAGACAGUCCCAAGAGUUCCCUGAAGGAGAGGAUUUGUCUAGAGGAAAACCCAGAAAAGAGUGAAGCGAUUCAGGACCCUGAUACUCAGUCACUCAUCGGGAGUCCCUCUCCCCGUGUAGCGCCUCAUAUUAUUGGAGCAGAGGAUGAUGAUUUCGGCACUGAACAUGAACAGAUCAAUGGGCAGUGCAGCUGUUUCCAGAGCAUCGAACUGCUGAAAUCUCGCCCUGCUCACCUGGCUGUUUUCUUACACCACGUGGUCUCACAGUUUGACCCCGCUACACUGCUCUGUUAUCUCUAUUCAGACCUAUAUAAGCAGACCAAUUCCAAGGAGACUCGUCGUGUCUUCCUUGAGUUUCAUCAGUUCUUCCUGGAUCGAUCCGCACACCUGAAAGUUUCUGUGCCUGAUGAAAUAUCGGUAGAUCUUGAAAAAAGAAGACCUGAGCUUAUACCCGAGGAUCUACACCGCCACUAUAUCCAAACUAUGCAGGAAAGAGUCCACCCAGAAGUUCAGAGGCACUUGGAAGAUUUUCGGCAGAAGCGUAGCAUGGGGCUGACCUUGGCUGAAAGCGAACUGACUAAACUUGACGCGGAGCGGGAGAAGGACCGGGUAACUUUGGAGAAGGAACGGGCAUGUGCGGAGCAGAUCGUUGCCAAAAUCGAAGAAGUGUUGAUGACUGCUCAGGCUGUAGAAGAAGAUAAGAGUUCAACUAUGCAGUAUGUUAUCCUUAUGUACAUGAAGCAUUUGGGGGUAAAAGUGAAAGAACCUCGAAAUUUGGAGCACAAGCGGGGUCGGAUUGGAUUCCUUCCAAAAAUCAAGCAGAGUAUGAAGAAAGAUCGAGAAGGCGAAGAAAAAGGGAAGCGCAGAGGAUUCCCCAGCAUCCUGGGGCCCCCAAGGAGACCAAGCCGUCAUGACAACAGUGCAAUUGGCAGAGCCAUGGAGCUGCAGAAACAGCGGCACCCAAAGCACUUAUCCACACCCUCUUCUGUGAGUCCUGAGCCUCCUGACCCUGCUAAGUUGCGCCAGAGUGGGUUAGCAGCUGAAGGAACAGAUGUCGGAUACCUGCCAGCCAAUUCCAUGUCCUCUGUGGCAACAGGGGCCACCCUUGCCCAGGAAGGAGGAGGGAAAGAGAACGAUACAGGAUCAAAACAAGUUGGAGAAACACCAGCGUCUGGAGACUGUGUGGAUAGCACCCCUCGGACUCCCAAUACCAUCUUUGAUUUUCCACCUCCUCCCCUAGACCAAGUGCAGGAGGAGGAAUGGGAAGUAGAAAGGGUGACUGAACAUGGGACACCAAAGCCCUUUCGAAAGUUUGACAGCAUAGCUUUUGGAGAAAGUCAAAGUGAGGAUGAACAGUUUGAAAAUGACUUAGAGACAGAUCCACCGAAUUGGCAACAGCUUGUUAGUCGAGAAGUGUUACUGGGACUAAAGCCUUCUGAGAUCAAAAGACAGGAAGUAAUUAAUGAACUGUUCUACACUGAAAGAGCUCAUGUUCGAACACUGAAGGUUCUUGAUCAAGUAUUCUAUCAACGAGUAUCUAGAGAAGGAAUUCUGUCCCCUUCAGAACUACGGAAAAUUUUUUCCAACUUGGAAGAUAUUCUUCAACUUCAUAUUGGAUUGAAUGAGCAAAUGAAGGCUGUUCGAAAGAGGAAUGAGACCUCAGUUAUUGAUCAGAUUGGCGAAGACUUGCUGAUCUGGUUCAGUGGACCAGGGGAGGACAAGUUGAAGCACGCUGCUGCUACCUUUUGCAGUAACCAACCUUUCGCCCUGGAAAUGAUCAAGUCUCGUCAGAAAAAGGAUUCUCGAUUCCAGACCUUUGUGCAAGAUGCUGAGAGUAAUCCUCUGUGUCGUCGUCUGCAGCUGAAGGAUAUCAUUCCUACCCAAAUGCAGAGGCUUACCAAGUACCCUCUUCUGUUGGAUAAUAUUGCCAAAUACACAGAAUUGCCAAUGGAAAGGGAGAAGGUGAAGAAAGCUGCAGAUCACUGUCGUCAGAUCUUAAAUUAUGUAAAUCAGGCUGUCAAGGAGGCAGAAAACAAACAGCGUUUAGAAGACUAUCAGCGUCGUCUGGAUACCUCCAAUCUGAAGUUGUCAGAGUACCCAAACGUGGAAGAACUCAGGAAUUUGGAUUUAACAAAAAGGAAGAUGAUUCAUGAAGGGCCAUUGGUCUGGAAGGUGAAUCGAGAUAAAACUAUUGAUCUGUACACAUUGCUGCUGGAAGACAUUCUUGUAUUGUUACAGAAACAGGAUGACAGGCUGGUGUUAAGAUGUCAUAGCAAGAUUCUGGCAUCUACCGCUGACAGCAAACACACAUUCAGCCCUGUCAUUAAGUUGAAUACAGUGCUGGUCCGACAAGUGGCAACAGAUAACAAAGCUUUAUUUGUCAUCUCCAUGUCAGACAAUGGAGCCCAAAUUUAUGAGCUGGUGGCACAGACGGUUUCUGAAAAGACUGUCUGGCAAGACCUAAUCUGUCGGAUGGCUGCCUCAGUGAAGGAACAGUCCGCAAAGCCCAUCCCGUUGCCCCAGUCAUCACCUUGCGAAGGCGACAACGAUGAAGAAACAGCUCCCAAAUUAAAAGUGGAACAUCACAGCAUUUCGGUCCCUGGUCUGCAGAGUCCAGACAGAGAUUUGGGAUUAGAGUCUCCCUUAAUAUCAUCAAAACCUCAGUCUCAUUCACUGGGUACCUCUGGGAAAUCCGAGGUAGACGAUCUCUUUGUGGCCGAGAGACAGUUGGCUAAAGAGCAGCAAGAAGACGGGACUCUGCAGGAAGCCGGAGCAAGUUACCAGACCCCAGGCCCAGACCCACACUUGCCUGCCUCAGAUGAACGGUGGGCACUGGAUGCACUAAGGAAUUUGGGCUUGCUGAAGCAGCUGCUCGUACAACAGCUGGGUUUGACCGAGAAGAGCUCCCAGGAAGACUGGCCACAUUUCCCAAGAUACAGGACAGCGUCUUCAGGGGUGCAGACAGACAGUGGAGCCCAGAACUCUGAGAACAGUAAGGCCUAUCCUCCUGGCGAAGGACACAUGCCCUUUAGAACUGGAACUGGUGACACUGCCCCUUGUUACAGUCCACGGACUUCAGCUGAAUCUUCGACUCCACGGGAUUCAGUGGUUCUGGCAUUCCAAGAUAGCCAGGCAAGUAACAUUUUAGUAAUGGACCACAUGCUUAGGACCCCGGAGAUGCCUCCUGCAGAGCCCGAAGGGAGUCUUGAUGAGAGUGGAGAGCACUUUUUUGAUGCCCGUGAAGCACACAGUGACGAUAAUCCGUCAGAAGGUGAUGGAGCAGUGAAGAAGGAAGAGGAUGUUAAUUUGCGCAUCUCAGGAAACUAUCUGAUUCUCGAUGGCUAUGAAGCAGUGCAGGAGAGCUCCACGGACGAGGGGCUUGCCUCCUCGCUUCCCCUGCCACCCACGACAGGCGCCCCCUCCACGGACUCUGCCCGCCCGCAGCAGCACUCGCCCCAGCGCACCCAUUCCGACGGGGCAGCUUCACCGUUCAGCCCCGAAUUCCUGGUCCAGCAGCGCUGGGGAGCCAUGGAGGAUUCCUGUUUUGAGAUCCAGAGUCCCCCCUCUUGUGCAGACUCACAGAGCCAGAUCAUGGAGUAUAUUCGUAAGAUCGAGGCUGACCUUGAACACUUAAAGAAGGUGGAGGAAAGUUACAGCACGCUUUGCCAAAGGCUGGCUGGAUCAGCCCUCACAGACAGGCACUCAGAUAAAAGUUAGAGCCGCGUGUCCUGGAGGUGACUGAUGGUUGUUGGACUCUGAGCAUCGGCCUUGUGGCACCCAUCCCGGCUGCACCGAGGACGCAGAGAGUGUGUGACAGAGGGUCUGCCUGUGAAGCCCCUGGGGGCGGCCGUGUUCCCCGGGCGCCCAGAGCGGGACUAGUUCCUCACAGUCCGGCAGCUGCACGAGUCUGUCAGGGAGGGAGUCCUGACUCUCGCUCUGCUCUCCUCACUAUCGGAAAUUCAUUUUGAUUCAGAACAAAAACCAAAUGUAUAGAGCUUUGGGUGUAGGAUAUGAAAUUUUACUUAGACUUAAGAAAAAGAGAAAAUCAGAUGUAUUUAUUUGACUUCAUUCCGUAUUUGAAAGCACAUUUUAAUUUUUAUUUUGCCAUGUUUUGUUUUAAUUGAGUAGUGAGAGUUUUUGCCCUUUGUGUUUAGUACACCCAAGGGUCAGUUGCUCCUGAAGCCAAGAGUUCUGGUGAGGUAUUAGGAGGCUGGGUGGAGAGGCGGAGAGGAGGAAGUAAGCCGGGGAAGGGAGGAGUAGCCAGCCUCCACGAAACUGGAUUCCAUGCCCUCUGCUGUCCGGGAGGCAUCAUCUUUGAGGGGCACCUCAGAGGUGCAGUAUGCCCAUGGCUCCUGCGGUCAGAGGUCUGGAGCUGUGUGCUGUCCAGGUGGGCAAGAGUCAGGUGGGCUUCCUCCCACCCGAGGCAAGCACCUGUCCUCUGUAGCUGGGAUCCACCCCCAAUUAACAGAAAAUCCUCAGUGUACUAAGUAGCAGGCACUUGAAAAUGGUGUGUUUUCUUCUGUUGUCUUCUUUUCUAUUGAGGGUAGGGAUUUGGGAGGGAGAGGAAAGCAAAUUUUAUUUUCUUGGCUAUAAAUUCGUUAUUCUUGGUAUUGUUGCAUUUUUUGUAAUUAUACAUUAGACUUGGGCACUUGUGUAAAAUUAUCCCUGCAGAUUGAGCAGGAAGGAAAAACCAACAAAUGGAGAAGCUUCAGAUGGCGGCAGGGGUGGGGGUGCGGAGGAAGGGCGGGACGGG